AUGACUCGAUCUUCGACUAUCGAUUUUGGACGGAAGAAGCAGGGCGAGCUCUUCGGGUCAGGGCCACUGCGUCCAGCAAACAUCAUUAGAAAUAAGUUCCCUACCUACAGGAAUGGUUCGAACGGGAUUGUUAUCAAAUUGGCGGAUGCCCCAGAAAUGCCAUCUCUUAAGGAGGCCGUUGCCAAGGAGACAACAGAUCUGCUUGAUAGGUGUCAGCGCCUUUCAGUCCGUGAGCUCACCAUGAAAUUCGAGAAGGGCUUUAACACAGCUACCUUGUUGUCUAAUGAGGCUAAAUGGAGACAUGCAGCUUUAUUGGAGCGAGACAUCCUUCUAAAGAAUCUUAAAAGCGUAUUGGAAUCACUGAGAGGUCGAGUAGGGGGCAAAAAUAAAGAUGAAAUUGAGGAGUCUCUAUCUAUGGUGGAUAUUUUAGCAGUUGAGCUAUCCAAAAGAGAAGAUGAGUUGCUUCAGCAAAAAACAGAGAUCACCAAAAUUGCAGGCUCAUUGAAACUGGCUUCUAAAGAUGCCAAGAGAAUUGUUGAUGAAGAAAGAGCUAAUGCUCAGUUGGAGAUAGAAAGUGCUAAAGCUGCUGUACAGAAAAUUCAAUUAGCACUUAAAGAGCACGAAAUUUUUUAUCAAAGAACUGGGAAGCAGGAUGUUGAUGAACUGAAGGAAGAAGUUCAAGAAGCACGAAGAGUGAAAAUGCUGCAUUGCCCAAGCAAGGCAAUGGACAUUGAGAACGAGAUCCAAGUUCUACGUGACCAACUGGCUGAAAAAUCUUCAGAUUCUCUUCACCUUUUGAAAGAGUUGGAGCUGCAUCGAAGUUACGAGGAAAAUGACAUGCCCUUGUAUGAAUUAAAGGGUCUAGAAACCUUAGGCUCAAUGCUACACAUAGUUGUUCAAGACUGUGCACAUGUAGAUUUUUCAAAUAGUUCAAUCCAGUGGUUUCGCAUACAACCUGAAGGAAGCAAGAAAGAAAUUAUUUCAGGUGCCACAAAGCCAGUAUAUGCUCCAGAACCACAUGACGUGGGGCGUUACAUCCAAGCUGAAAUCAAAUUCGGUGGUCAAAUCUCAAUCGCAAAGACUUCUGGUCCAAUAGACCCUGCUGCAGGAUUGGUUGAUUAUGUAGAGGCUCUUGUGAGGAAUCCUGAAACUGAUUAUAAUGUAGUUAUUCUUCAAGUGAAUGGAAUUGCUCAGGCUGCAGAUUCUGUACAUGUGCUUUCUAUUGGGAGAUUGCGGAUGAGGCUUGCUAAGGAAAAGGCAGUCGUUGCGAAGGAGUUCUAUUCCUCGUCAAUGCAGUUAUGUGGCGUUAGAGGAGGUGGAGACGCCGCUCCCAAGCGAUCUUCUGGCAACCAAGAAAGGAUCUCAGCUUUGUGCUGGCCUUUGAAACAACCAGAGAACAUAACUCGGCACUCAUGCUGGCCCGGAGAUUUGCGAUCGAUUGCAAUGUUGUGGCGCUGUAUACAUGCAGUAUGCCGAGGCACUAGGCACCUAGUCAACCGCUUCUUAGGAUCUGCGCAUGCAGCCGGUGAAUGCAGGUUGUAUUCAUCUUGGAGAAGCUGGUUGCCCAUCGACCCGUCACCAGAUCCAUGCUUAAGAAGUAUAGCACUCAAUCUUCUCUCUAGCCUCUAG